CUAUCCUAGCGGUGGCUUACUAGGAUCAAACUGUGUCCUUUCGGGCGCUGAACAGUGCGUCCAUCGGAUGUGAUGAAGAAAAGCCUACUUUGGUUGUGAUUUAGUACCGAAAUUGAGCCUCCACAAAUCGAUUGCUGCGAUUUGCGUGCGUGAAUCAUAACAAAAGUGGCAGAAAAAUUCCAUCGCAGUGUGUGUGCCUGUGUGUGUGCGCCUGUGGAAUCGGAUCUUGGCCCUCGCGGAGGCUGCGGUGAUAGAGAGAAAGAGAAGAAGUGCCCGUUUGAGCUUCUUUUUCUUCUCCGGAAGAUAAAAGGUUUUCGAUAGUGUACUGUUGAUUGCAGCAACUGUGAACCGAGAAAUGACGGCAGAACAAGUUUGUGAGUGAGUUUUGUUUUUUUUGCGGAAUUUAUUGGUUCGUGAAGCUCGAGAAACUCGAGCUCGUCCAGUGCGGAGAGUGAUGGCGUAAAUAGCGUUUCGGCUGAAGUACGAAGAAGAGGAAGAAAAAAAGUGUCCAGAUAAGAUAAGCAACAUUUGCUUAAGCUGUCACCAUUAUCGUUAUCAUUUCGGCUGGUCGGUUGCCGGUUGACGGCCCAAUACGAUACGAGAAGGUCUGUUGGAUGUGUAAAUAGCAGGAGGGCUAGGCUAGAGAGUGAGUGUGAGUGAGUUUGACAUUCCCGGACACGGGAAAGCUGCCAGAACCAUGGUGAUUGGGAAACUGCAGCCGCUGGAAUUUACGGACUGUCUGCUGGACAGUCCGGAAUUCCGGGAAAAUCUGAACCAGCACGAGAAGGAGUUGGAGAAAACUAGUCAGCAGAUCAAGCGGAUCAUCAAGGAGGUGAAGGACCUGUUGGCGGCAGCUAAAAAUUUGUCCCGGGCACAGCGGACCCUGUCCAAGAGUCUGAACGAGUUCAACUUUGAGUGCAUCGGCUCGACCCAAACCGACGACGAGCAGGUGAUAGCCGACAGUCUGAAGCAGUUUAGUAAGCUCAUAUCGGCGAUAGAGGAAGAACGUGAUAAUAUGUUGGAUCGAGCGCACGAUCAAAUCGUGGGACCGCUGGAGGAGUUUCGCAAGUGUCAUAUCGGAGGCGUGAAGGAGAACAAGAAAAAGUACGACAAAAAGACUGCCAAAUUUUGCCAGGCGCAAGAAAGGUUCCUUAACAUGUCCUCGAAGAAGCCGGGAUCGGCCGUCGUGGAGGCAGAUGCAUCAUUAGGAAUGCUAGAGAGAGAAUACCUGCAGGAGUCCCUCAGUUAUGUUCUGGGCAUACAGGAAGUGCAGGAAAGGAUAAAGUUCGAGUUUGUGGAAAUAAUUUUAAGAUUCAUUUCCGACUGGCUGGUGUUUUACCAUCUCGGCCAUGAAGUAGCGGAAGAUGCCAAAGACUACCUAUCAGAUCUCCAACUUAAAGUGCAAAAGACGAGGGAAAACUUUGAUGAAACUCGGCAGAAGGCGCAGGAGCUAAAACACAGAUACAUGGAGAGUAAAAUGAAACCAGAGAGCGAGUACACCAAACAGGGCUACCUGUUUCUUAUGGAAAAGAGUAAGAUUAAGGCAUUCACGGCAACAUGGUCCAAAUACUACUGUACGUACAAAAAGCAGAGCAAAAAGUUCUCCAUGCUGCAGUUCAACCAAAUAUCGGGUCGAUCGCAAUCGUCAACGGAAGUGCUAACGUUGGCCUCGUGCACGCGCCGGCUGUCGGAGUUUGAGAAGCGGUACUGCUUCGACCUGAUCUUCGAGGAGCGACCGGCGAUCACGUACACGUUUCAGGCGCUCAGCGAGGAGGAUCGCAAGGCGUGGCUGAACGCCAUGGACGGCAAGGAACCGACAUACCUAGCCCCAGCGACAAAUCACAACGAGGAUGGUCAUCUGGACGAGGUCGGGUUCGCGUUCGUACGCAAGUGUAUUGAAGUGCUGGAGCGGCGGGGGUUGGAGGAGGAGGGUUUGUACCGGAUCGGCGGCGUGAGUACAAAGAUAACAAAGUUAUUGAACAUGGGACUAGAUAGGAAAAAGACUGAGAAGGAUAGAUUGAUGUUUUUUAAUGACGAGCAAAGCUCGGAUGUAUUAGAGAGUAAGACGAUAGCAAGUGCACUGAAGCAUUAUUUAAGAAACCUGAACGAGCCGCUGAUGACGUUUCGGUUGCACCACUCGUUCAUCUCGUCGGCAAAGCAAGAGACGCGACAGGGUCGCUUGAGCGAUGUUCACCAGCUGAUACACAGGUUACCGAAGAACCACUUUGAAAUGCUGGACAUUGUCAUCAGGCAUCUGAAGUCCGUGGCCCUCAAGUCGGACAAGAACAAGAUGUCCGUGUUCAACCUGGGCGUCGUGUUCGGGCCAACGCUGCUGCGCUCCGCGGAGGAAACCGUCGCUGCCAUAUUAGACAUCAAGUUCAACAACGUUGUGAUAGAGAUCCUGAUUGAUAACUACGACAAAAUCUUCAAAACGCAGCCGGGCAAGAGCACGGACUAUUUGCCCCACACAAACACGAGCCCACCGUUAGCGAUGCAGCGAUCGUACGCCGGAAUCGGCAGCGGAGGAGGAGGAGGUGGCGGCGGCCUCAGUAUCGUCGGCGGGAGCUAUGCCAAAGAACGCAGCGCUACUUAUUCCCAGCCCGUGGUGCGGGUCGUUGCCAAGUCAAAUUACACCGAGCCGGUUAUGUCGUCGAGCCUGCAGAACAUCUCCAACGGGCUGUCGCUGUACAGCAAAGGAACCAAUCACUAUCCCACCUACGAGGCGAAACCGAAGAUCAUCUCGUCGAUCAACAGUUCCACGCCGUCGCUGUUGCGCGACACGACGCUGUCCCCGCGGGAAAUUAGCAUAGACACGCGGGAGAGCACGUACCUCAAGUCGGCACCCUCCACGAUCACCAUCAACAGCCACAACAGUCCACCACCGCCUGGUCACAAUCACCAGCAGUUGGUGAGGCAGGAUGGCGGGGGAGGAGGAGGAGGUGGGGGAGGGGGUGGAGGCGGCGGCGGUAACAAUCCGAUCUAUCAAAGUACCUACCAGAGUCACCUGCUGCACAGUCGGGGCGACCCGUCGGCGAUGAUCCGCGGCGGGAGUGCCGGAUCGGACAGCAUCUACGGUGCCACGACGGGCAUGCACAAACUGGGCGGCCAUCCGAACCCGAUGACCAGCAGUGAUUCGAACCUGACCAGCACCCGCAAAGAGCUGUCCAUCUACGAUCGGAUAAACUCCACCAGCAGUUCGAACGAGUCCGUCUGUUCGUCGUCUAGUCGGGAUCUGAACCAUUCGUACGGCAGCAGUCGGGCGGUGAUGCCCAGCUGGGAGUACGCGGGCUCGGGCAACGGAAGCAUCGGGUUGGUCAGUAGUGCGCUGAGUAAGUUCAACAUUCAACGGGACGAUGCUAGUCAAGGUUAUAUCCCGAAGAAGACGCAGCGCAUGAAGGGGCUAACCCGGCACACGAAGCUGGUGACGCCGAGGGACAAUCUGCGGGUGAGGACACUGUACGCGUGUCUGGCGGAGAACGACGGAGAGCUGUCGUUUGAGCCGAACCAAAUCAUUACCAACGUGAAACGUUCCAACGAACCCGGGUGGCUCGAGGGCACCCUGAACGGCAAAUCUGGCCUAAUACCGGAAAACUAUGUCGAGGUACUAAAGUAAGUUUAGAUGGCUGCAAUCGCAACCACCAACCACCACCACCACAAACUUACCAAAUACAGUCCGGGUUACCCGCCGUCGUGCCGUGCUGUGCCGCCACAACAAAUCGAGCGUUUGUACAUUUUUCAUCAAAACCGUAGAAUGUACUAGGGUGUGUGUACUGUGUAGAUUACCGUUUAGUAAGUCGUCGUCGUCGUCGCCGCAUGGAUCGGGUGAGGAGCUGGGCUUAUCGCGCUCGCGCGAUGUUAUUGAAGGGCAGCUUGAGGGGGGAAUGCAUAAAAGAUAAAAAAAAAGAAAAUUUAUUGUAUUAUUUUGAUAAAUCUUUCUUGAGAAUUUUUCCAUUGUUUCUUUUUUGAUAAAUUUUUUAUACACGGUAUAAAUUAGUGGGCAAUAAAAUCACGACUAUAAUAUUUGCACACAUACACACUAAAGAAGAACCAGCUUUCAUCAAACACACCUAGAAACACACACACACAAACAUACGUGUGCAUGAAUCACGGAAGAGAAAUGAAAUUAAGAAGAAGAAAAACUAAGGCUGUAAACCAGGCUCUUGCAUCGGCACAAUAUAGUUACUAUGUAUUUGCUAAACAAAUAUUGAUUUUUGAUGUCAGAGAGUCGGAGGGAUUCCAUAUUAAAAAGUAAGAGAACAAGAAAACUAUCAUUUCACACUGCACUAAUAGCAAAACAAAAUAA